CACAGAUGUAAGGGCACACACGCAUGCACACACAGUCUCACGCUCACUUCAAUAUGCUCAAACACACACACAUACAUGCUGUCUGCCUAUCCCUUCCACAGGCAGGCAUAUAGAGACACGCACACACUUUGUACGGACGCGCAGAAACAUCAUCUCUGUGUGUGUGUGUGUGUGUGUGUGUGUGUGUGUGUCACAGAGAGAGAGAGAGAGAGAGAGAGAGAGAGAGAGAGAGAUCUUUGAGAGAGAGAGAAAGAGAGAGAGAGAGAGAGAGAGAGAGAGAGAGAGAGAGAGAGAGAGAGAUCUUUCCCCUCGUACGGACGCUCGCACAAACAUCAUCUGAGAGAGAGAGAGAGAGAGAGAGAGAGAGAGAGAGNGAGAGAGAGAGAGAGAGAGAGAGAGAGAGAGAGGCGCCGGCAUGCCCGGCAGCUCCGGCUAGCUCAGAUGAGGCUCCUGUGUUGGUAGGAGCUAUGGAAGAGAGCAAGCAGAGAGGAGAGGGGAGGAAAAGUGGCCCAGUCCUGGGUAUUGAUCUGGGGACCUCGUUCUGCGCUGUAGCAGUCUGCACGAAGAAUGGCGUCGAGCUCGUUCCGUCCAGUCAAGGUCAGCGAACCGUUCCAUCGUACGUUGCCUUCACUUCAACGGGAGUUCUUGUCGGGGUAGCUGCGAGGCAGCACGGGUUCAGCAAACCGGAGGACUGCGUGUACGAGAUUAAGCGGCUGAUGGGGCGGUCCUUCCUGGACCCACGUGUUCAGGAGAAGAGCCAGAUGUGGCCGUUCACGCUAGUCUCGGGUCCGCGCAGUGGAGUACUCAUCCAGCUUCCCAUUGGUCGGGUGGUCGAGCCCGAGGAGGUGUCUGCCAUCUUGCUGGAGGAGAUGAAGCGGAUUGCCCAGGAUUACGUUGGCGGCGGCGUGGAAAUCAAGGAUGCGGUCAUCACGGUUCCUGCCUAUUUCAACGACAGUCAGCGGCAAGCGACGAGGGCGGCAGGGCAUCGCGCCGGUCUCCAUGUCCUGCGACUGGUGAGCGAACCGACGGCGGCGGCUAUGGCGUACUGGCAUCAACGAAAAUUGGGUUCACGUUGCGACGGGAAGAAGAUCAUGGUCUUCGAUCUGGGCGGGGGAACCCUCGAUGUGUCUAUUAUGACGAUGCAGCGUAGAGAGGACAACUGGUAUGACUGCCAAGUGAAUACGGUAGAGGGGGAUCAGGACCUAGGAGGUGCCGAUUUCGACGAGAGGAUAAUACAGCAUGUAGCGAAGGCGUUUAAGGAGAAGAACCAGCACGAUAUCCUUCAGGACAAGAGGGCGCUUGCGAAUCUCAAAUCCGUGGCAGCAGACAGGAAGCAUCAGCUUUCGGCGUACGAAGAUACGGACAUCUGUUUUUGGCGCUCCAGCGGAGAGCUCAGCAUGCGCUUAGAGAGGGUUACGUUCGAGCAGCUGAACGAAGAUCUCUUUGCCAAGUGUAUCGAUGUUGUCGAGAAGGCACUCGAUAACGCCAACAUGAGGAAGACGGAUAUCGCUGAGGUUGUCUUAGCGGGAGGAUCGACUCGGAUUCCCAAGGUGAGGGAGCUGCUGGCGCGUUUUUUUGGAAAAGCCCCCGUGAUGACUGUGCAUCCCGACGAAGUUGUGGCAUAUGGGGCGGCGGUAUACGCAUCGAUCCUCGGUCAGCGCAUCCCUCAAAGCAAGCUGGAGCUCCCGGAGAUGCCGAUGCACGUCAUCGACGUGACACCGUUCGGCAUAGGUGUCGAACUCGCGUCGGACGAGCUAGGCGUUUUGAUACCCAAGAACACGCCUCUUCCCGCCAAAGCGGAGAAGAUGUUCUUGUUGUCUCACGACUACCAGACGAGCAUGCGCUUCACGAUAUACGAAGGCGAGCACGCGUUGUGUAGCCAUAAUCGACACGUGGGCGAGCUCAAGCUAACGGGUUUCACGCCAUCGCUUGCGGACGGCACGCCGGUGACACGUGUCAUCAUCUCAGUGGAUCGGGACGGCAUCGUUGAGGUUACGGCUGAGGCAACUGGAAAUCAUAGCAAGCCGGGAAAGACAGCGAUGGCAUCCUUCGUGGGCACGUUCGACAAGGAGAACGCUCACAGCAUGUUUCGUCGUCCUCCGCCGUCGGCGGAUGUUGACGAUGCGGCGAUCAGGGCGGCGUUCAAUGCUCGGCGCCGUUUACAACAAGCGGCGUGGAGGAUGAGGGGAAGCACUCCGCCUCCGCGAGAGUCGGCAAUGAACAGAAUUAAUGAAGUUCUCGAGUCGCUCCGCCUUGAGAGUCGUGUCCAGACCGUCAAUGAAUAUCACAAACUUUUCCUUGACCUGAAGCAGCUUGGCCUGUAAAGCUGCUUCAGCACAAGGAGAUGGACAUAGACAACAGUGUUGAAAAAGCUUGUAACGGGCAGGGUAGGAGGCAGGGUAGGAGACGGGAUUGGAGAAUUCCCUGGUGCAGAGAGAGAACGCUCUGUGUGUGUGCGUGUGUGUGUGUGUGUGUGUGUGUGUGUGUGUGUGUGUGUGUGUGUGUGUGUGCGUGUGUGUGUGUGUGUGUGUGUGUGUGUGAGAGAGAGAGAGNGUGUGUGUGUGUGUGUGUGUGUGUGUGUGAGAGAGAGAGAGAGAGAGAGAGAGAGAGAGAGAGAGAGAGAGAGAGAGAGAGAGAGUUGUCCUCCUUGCUACUGCCAUCCCUUACGC